AUUCAACCACUCUCAGGGAGAUGAGGGAGGAGGGGGAUGGGUUUACUCAGAGGUCCCUGCAGGGUGCAAUGGGCAUUAAUUAACCAGACCCCAAGGGCCCCACCUGACACCCCUCCGCUGCGGACUGCCCUGCAGCUCCUCCCCACGCUGGCCUUAGCUCACUGGAACUGGCCCAUCUAUUUUUGUACUUUGCCCAACUCUGGGCUUUAGCUCCGGCCCUUCAUCUCUGCCAAGUAAAUAAGCAUACCCUGCCUUCCCACCUUGGAGUCUGCCUCCCGGGCCUUCUUUUGGGUUCAGCAAACUAGUGUUGGGGUUUAUUCCUGCGAAAAGCCCACCCGGUUCUCAGAAUACUGACUACUGGUUGCCUGAGGAGCCCACUUUCCCUUGCUUGAGGAGACCAUCUCUCCUUCUCUUUGGCUCAUAAUGAGUCAGCUGAGAUUGCUGACAUCCCGGCUGGGGGUACAGGCCGCGAGGCUUCUGGCCCCACAUGACGUCCAGAUGUCCAGCUGGCGCAGCAGGUCGUCUGGGCCACGGACCGCCUUCCCAGGCAGCAGAGAUGGAGGAGGCUCCAGCUACAUGGAGGAGAUGUACUUCGCCUGGUUGGAAAACCCCCAGAGUGUCCACAAGUCCUGGGACAGCUUCUUCCGGAAAGUCAACGAGGAAGCGUCGUGUGGCCCGCCUCAGCCACAGGCCCCCUCUGUUGUACCUGAGAGCAGGCCAGCCGCCUCAAGCCGGACCAAGACCAGCAAGCUGGUGGAGGACCACCUGGCUGUGCAGUCCCUGAUUCGGGCCUACCAGAUCCGGGGCCACCAUGUGGCGCAGCUGGACCCCCUGGGCAUUCUGGAUGCAGACCUGGACUCCUUUGUACCCUCAGACUUAAUCACAAGCAUCGAUAAAUUGGCCUUCUAUGACCUGCGGGAGGCUGACCUGGAUAAGGAGUUCCAGUUGCCCACGACCACCUUCAUCGGAGGCUCUGAGCACACCCUCUCCCUGCGGGAGAUCAUUCAGCGCCUGGAGAGCACCUACUGCCAGCACAUCGGCCUGGAGUUCAUGUUCAUCAACGAUGUGGAGCAGUGCCAGUGGAUUCGGCAGAAGUUUGAGACCCCUGGCGUGAUGCAGUUCUCCAGUGAGGAGAAGCGGAGGCUGCUGGCCCGGCUGGUGCGCUCCAUGAGGUUCGAAGACUUCCUGGCCCGGAAGUGGUCCUCUGAGAAGCGCUUUGGCCUGGAGGGCUGUGAGGUCAUGAUCCCUGCCCUCAAGACCAUCAUUGACAAAUCCAGUGAGAUGGGGAUUGAGAAUGUCAUCCUGGGGAUGCCACACAGGGGCAGGCUGAACGUGCUGGCUAACGUCAUCCGCAAGGACCUGGAGCAGAUCUUCUGCCAAUUUGAUCCCAAGCUGGAGGCAGCGGAUGAGGGCUCUGGAGACGUCAAAUAUCACCUGGGCAUGUACCAUGAGAGGAUCAACCGGGUCACGAACAGAAACAUCACUCUCUCCCUGGUGGCCAACCCCUCCCACCUGGAGGCCGUGGACCCUGUGGUGCAGGGGAAGACCAAGGCCGAGCAGUUCUACCGCGGGGACGCCCAGGGCAAGAAGGUCAUGUCCAUCCUGGUCCAUGGGGAUGCUGCCUUCGCCGGCCAGGGUGUGGUCUAUGAGACCUUCCACCUGAGUGACCUGCCCUCUUACACCACCAACGGCACCGUGCAUGUGGUUGUCAACAACCAGAUUGGCUUCACCACUGACCCUCGGAUGGCCCGCUCCUCACCGUACCCCACCGAUGUGGCCCGUGUGGUCAAUGCGCCCAUCUUCCACGUGAACGCGGAUGACCCAGAGGCUGUGAUAUACGUGUGCAGCGUGGCGGCCGAGUGGAGGAACACCUUCAAUAAAGACGUGGUUGUGGACCUGGUGUGUUACCGCCGGCGCGGCCACAACGAGAUGGAUGAGCCCAUGUUCACGCAGCCGCUCAUGUACAAGCAGAUCCACAAGCAGGUGCCCGUGCUGAAGAGGUACGCAGACAAGCUCAUCGCCGAGGACACGGUCACCCUGCAGGAGUUCGAGGAAGAAAUCGCCAAAUACGACCGGAUCUGUGAGGAGGCGUACGGCAGGUCCAAAGAUAAAAAGAUCCUGCAUAUAAAGCACUGGCUGGACUCCCCCUGGCCCGGCUUCUUCACCGUGGAUGGGGAGCCCAAGAGCAUGACCUGUCCAACCACGGGCAUUUCUGAGGACGUGCUGACCCACAUCGGCAACGUGGCGAGCUCUGUGCCCCUGGAGGACUUUAAAAUCCACACGGGCCUCUCUCGAAUCUUGUGGGGCCGUGCGGACAUGACCAAGAAGCGGGAGGUAGACUGGGCGCUGGCGGAGUACAUGGCCUUCGGCUCCCUGCUCAAGGAGGGCAUCCACGUGCGGCUCAGCGGGCAGGACGUGGAGAGGGGCACGUUCAGUCACCGGCACCACGUUCUCCACGACCAGGAAGUUGACCGGAGGACAUGUGUCCCCAUGAACCACCUUUGGCCUGACCAGGCCCCGUACACCGUGUGCAACAGCUCCCUCUCGGAGUAUGGCGUCCUGGGCUUCGAGCUGGGCUAUGCCAUGGCCAGCCCCAACGCCCUGGUCCUCUGGGAGGCUCAGUUUGGCGACUUUCACAACACGGCCCAGUGCAUCAUCGACCAGUUCAUCAGCACCGGCCAGGCCAAGUGGGUCCGACACAAUGGCAUCGUGCUUCUGCUGCCCCAUGGCAUGGAGGGCAUGGGGCCGGAGCACUCCUCAGCGAGGCCCGAGAGGUUCCUGCAGAUGAGCAAUGAUGACUCGGAUGCCUACCCCGCGUUCUCGGAGGACUUCGAGGUGAGGCAGCUCUACGACUGCAACUGGAUCGUGGUCAACUGCUCCACGCCGGCCAACUACUUCCACGUGCUGCGCCGGCAGAUCCUGCUGCCCUUCCGCAAGCCGCUGAUCAUCUUCACUCCCAAGUCUCUGCUGAGGCACCCGAAGGCCAAGUCCAGCUUUGACCAAAUGGUAUCUGGGACCAGCUUCCAGCGGGUCAUUCCUGAGGAUGGGGUCGCGGCUCGGGCUCCUGAGAAGGUACGGCGGCUCAUCUUCUGCACAGGAAAGGUGUACUAUGACCUGGUGAAGGAGCGGAGCAACCAGUGCCUGGAUGACCAAGUGGCCAUUACGCGCCUGGAGCAGAUCUCCCCAUUCCCCUUCGACCUGAUCAAGAGAGAGGCGGAGAAGUACCCAGGCGCAGAGCUGGUGUGGUGCCAGGAGGAGCACAAGAACAUGGGCUACUAUGACUACAUCAAUCCACGCUUCAUGACCAUCCUGAAACGGACACGGCCCAUAUGGUAUGUUGGCCGUGACCCAGCGGCUGCACCGGCCACGGGAAACAGGAACGCUCACCUGGUGUCUCUGAAGAAGUUUCUGGAUACUGCCUUCAAUCUGAAGGCCUUUGAGGGCAAGACAUUUUAGCGCUGGGCAGGGCCUGCCUGGGUCUUCCCACGGGGCUGGCUGGGGCUGGGGAGGGUCUGUCAGGCCCCAGGGUAAAAUACACUCACGCAGCGAUCGAGGCCGUAGAGCAGGCACCACUGGCUUUGGUCUUAUGCCUCCGUGGGCCCUCAUGUUUAUUCCAGAAUCUGUUAGGACUGAGAAAGCAGAGGAGGUGACAGGAGGGAUGCAGUCAGGAGUGUUUCCCCAGCUGCCCUGGCCUUUCUGGAGAUUCUGUGUAGCUUUUCCCACCUCUGUCUGCAGACAGCACCCCAGAGCCUGACUUUGGUCUCUCACUUCCUGGUAGAUCUGGCUGCCACUCACCCUGUCCUUGUUCAUCUGUAGAUUCAAGGACUGCUAUCUUUUGUGCUCUUAGAAAUAGAGACUUCAGUGUGACAACCAGGUGAAGCAAAACCGUGCCUGGUGAUUUAUCUUGUGCUGAUUUAUGGAGUGUGUCAUGAUGAGUGUGAGAUACAGCCACAGCGCCUGUGUACCAAACCAGAACACCAAAUGACAGAAAUAAAAAAUGCUUGAGAGAGAUUGUCUGUUUUCAUUUCCUGUUGUAAAAUCGAGGGGAGAGUCAGAUGGUUUAGAGAAGGCAUGAGCUGAGAAGAGGAAAAGCUAAACUGUAGAGGGUAAACUAGCCCUUCACUGAGCUUGCAGAUCUGUUGGUAUCUCCACCCUUCAGCCUUCUGUUGGUUUUGCUGGGGGAGCAGUGGCACAGGAGGGAUUGUUUGUUUUCUGCAAAUCAUUUAUGCACCUAUGCACGUCUCAGAGCGCCUCCUCGGUGCUAGAUGCUGGGCCCGGGGUGAAGAGGUGCAUCUGCCUGCCACUGGCUCUUCCAGGUCAGGCAUCCAGUUGGGAGACCUGCAGUUUAUUCACUGAGUUACACGUUAGUGCAGAGGGCUAUGGGAGCAGGAGGAGGUGUUGUUUGAAGGAAGAAGAGUCUUACAGGAGAAUACAGGAGACAUGAGCCUUCCACGGAGCAGACCCAGAAAUACUGGCCAUGGUGAGGCAACCUAAAGAAAAAUCAGUCUAAAGUUGGAGAACAGAGUGUUACCAUUCAUUAGUCUCAAGCACAGUUUGCUAGAGUACACUUUGAAUCAUACGGCAGGAGUGUUUAAGUGACAAAGUAAAAGUAAUUACAGCUGCCUAUAGUGUGUUUGUUGUGUCCUGGGUCCUCUGCUGGGCAUCUUGCAGAUAUCCUAUAUAAUAAAAGCCCAAUAUGCUAAGUG